UCACAUUACGAAUUGAGUGAAAGUGAAAGCUUGAACAGUGCUGCGAAACAAUCCAUUCGUGUUUCUAAAGAAAGCCUGCACCGCGGGGUAUGGUUUUGUGACGGUACAGCUGAAUGUCAGGAACAUUGCUUGAACACGGCUUUCCUCUGCGACCAGAAUCACAAUGAAAAUAAUCACAACGAGGACCUUGAACAGACUCGUCGCCGCCGCCUUUAUUCCGAGACUAUGAACAAGGAGCAUCAGUUCCGAACGUCGGGCACUACUGAAGCGCGCUACCACGUUAACAGUCACGAGGUAAAAUCAGAUUUUUUCUCGAGUCAGUGGAUGCCAAGUUCAAAUUUGUACGAGAAGGGUGGGGAUAGGGGAGAAGACACUGAGAGGAUGAUUCAUGGCGACCGGUGA